GUCACUGUUUGGCUAGCUUAACCUUCCUGACAUCUAUCCUCUGGAUUGAACGGCAGGAGAUACCUAAGCUAGCUAGCAAUCUCUAUCGAUCUGUUUGUUUACAUGUUCAGUUAAAGGUUACUGAGAAAUGCCUAGAGUUUUUCCGGCUAGCUUCAUAAGUUAGUGGGUUAGCUGACCUAGAUUCAAAGUCUAAUCCUUUUAUUUAUUUGAUAUUAGAUAUCCUAACGUUUUUAGUUAGAGGUUAUUAAUUUGACAUGGCCGGCAGCGGCAGGGACGAUCCUCUUGUGGUUGGCAGGAUUGUGGGUGAUGUGCUGGAUCCAUUCGUCCGGAUCACUAACCUCAGUGUCAGCUAUGGUGCAAGGAUCGUCUCCAAUGGCUGCGAGCUCAAGCCGUCCAUGGUGACCCAACAGCCCAGGGUCGUGGUCGGUGGCAAUGACAUGAGGACGUUCUACACACUCGUGAUGGUAGACCCGGAUGCUCCGAGCCCAAGCAACCCUAACCUUAGGGAGUAUCUACACUGGCUGGUCACCGAUAUUCCUGGUACCACUGGAGCAACAUUUGGGCAAGAGGUGAUGUGCUACGAGAGCCCAAGGCCAACCAUGGGGAUCCACCGGCUGGUGUUCGUGCUGUUCCAGCAGCUGGGGCGUCAGACGGUGUACGCACCGGGGUGGCGCCAGAACUUCAGCACCAGGAACUUCGCCGAGCUCUACAACCUCGGCUCGCCGGUCGCCACCGUCUACUUCAACUGCCAGCGCGAGGCCGGCUCCGGCGGCAGGAGGGUCUACCCCUAGCUAGCUACGCAUGCCACCCGGCCUCCAUGCAUGCAGCAGCUAUAGCUAAGCUGAGACCUGCCUAGCUGUAUAUGCAUGCAGGCUCUUAAGUGUGUAUAUAUAAAUAAAUAAAUGUAUAUCUACUAUUAUAAAAUUAUAAAAAUAUAAAGAUGCUAGCGUUCAUGCAUUAGCUAGAUCGAUCGAUGUAUCAAGUUAUCAUAUUAUCUCUCCUCUAU